CCACUCCAUUUCAUUCGCGCCUUCUUUCUUUCUCUGCUUCUCCAGAAACGAACAGAGAGAACUGGUCAAUAACCACAAGCUUCUCCUUCUCUCACUCUCAUUCGUUCAUCCACCUUCACCUUUUCCCCUUUCACCCAUUCACUCUCCUUAUUAAAUUUCCACUCUCACUUCCUCAAAACAACAACCUUUUAUUCCUCUAACUACUACUAACACUACUCUUACUAUUCUUCUUUCCUCAUUCUCCAUACCGAACAAUGGCGUCUCAUAUUGUUGGAUACCCUCGCAUGGGUCCCAAAAGAGAGCUCAAGUUUGCUCUAGAGUCAUUCUGGGACGGGAAGAGCAGUGCAGAGGAUUUGCAGAAGGUGGCUUCUGAUCUCAGAGCAUCCAUCUGGAAACAAAUGACUGAUGCUGGGAUUAAGUACAUCCCCAGCAACACUUUCUCAUACUAUGAUCAGGUGCUCGAUACCACUGCCAUGCUUGGCGCCGUUCCAGCCAGAUAUGGGUGGACUGGCGGCGAGAUUGGGUUUGAUACCUUCUUUUCCAUGGCCAGAGGAAAUGCCUCUGUGCCGGCCAUGGAGAUGACCAAGUGGUUUGACACCAACUACCACUUUAUUGUCCCUGAAUUGGGACCUGAUAUGAAUUUUACUUAUGCUUCUCACAAGGCCGUGAAUGAGUACAAGGAGGCCAAGGCGCUUGGAGUAGAUACAGUUCCAGUCCUCGUCGGCCCUGUAACAUACUUGGCGCUCUCCAAACCUGCCAAGGGUGUUGAUAAAUCCUUUUGUACUCUUUCUCUCCUCCCAAAAAUCCUUGCUGUUUAUAAGGAAGUUGUGUCUGAUCUUAAAGCAGCUGGUGCUUCAUGGAUUCAAUUUGAUGAACCUAUCCUUGUCUUGGACCUUGACUCUCGAAAGUUGCAAGCAAUUUCUACAGCAUACGCAGAACUUGAAUCUGCUUUAUCUGGCUUAAAUGUUCUCAUUGAGACCUACUUCGCUGACGUUACUGCCGAGGCAUACCAGACUCUCACGUCUCUUAAUGUGGCCACGGCAUUCGGAUUUGAUUUAGUCCGUGGAACUAAGACCCUUGAUCUAAUCAAGGGUGUAUUUCCCAGUGGAAAGUACUUGUUUGCUGGAGUGGUUGAUGGAAGAAACAUCUGGGCUAAUAAUCUUGCUACUUCACUGGAUACAUUGAAUAGUCUUGAGGCCAUUGUGGGCAAAGAUAAACUUGUUGUGUCCACCUCCUGCUCACUUCUUCACACGGCUGUUGAUCUUGUUAAUGAGACCAAGUUGGAUAAUGAGAUCAAAUCAUGGCUGGCUUUUGCCGCCCAAAAAAUUGUUGAAGUAAAUGCAUUGGCUAAGGCAUUGGCUGGUCAAAAGGAUGAGGCCUUUUUCUCUUCUAAUGCUUCUGCUCAGGCUUCAAGAAAGUCCUCUCCAAGAGUGACUAAUGAGGCCGUUCAGAAGGCUGCUGCUGCAUUGAAGGGUUCUGAUCAUCGCCGCGCCACAAAUGUCAGCACUAGAUUGGAUGCUCAACAAAAGAAGCUCAACCUUCCAAUCCUCCCAACUACCACCAUCGGAUCCUUCCCUCAGACUGUUGAACUGAGGAAGGUGCGUCGGGAAUACAAGGCUGGCAAGAUCUCCGAGGAGGAGUAUGUUAAUGCAAUCAAAGAGGAAAUCCGGAAAGUUGUUGAACUCCAAGAGCAGCUUGAUAUUGAUGUCCUGGUACACGGGGAGCCUGAGAGGAAUGAUAUGGUGGAGUACUUUGGUGAGCAGUUAUCAGGCUUUGCCUUCACCGUUAACGGGUGGGUGCAAUCUUAUGGAUCUCGUUGUGUGAAGCCACCAAUCAUCUAUGGUGAUGUGAGUCGCCCAAAGGCAAUGACCGUCUUCUGGUCGUCCACUGCUCAGAGCAUGACCAAACGCCCGAUGAAGGGAAUGCUAACUGGCCCUGUCACUAUUCUCAACUGGUCCUUUGUUCGAAAUGAUCAGCCUAGGUCUGAGACCACCUACCAGAUUGCUUUGGCUAUCAAGGACGAAGUAGAAGAUCUUGAAAAGGCUGGUAUUACUGUUAUCCAAAUCGAUGAGGCUGCUUUGAGAGAGGGCUUACCAUUGAGAAAGUCAGAGCAAGCUAACUACUUGGACUGGGCUGUUCAUGGUUUCAGGAUCACCAAUGUUGGUGUGAAGGAUACAACUCAGAUUCACACCCACAUGUGCUACUCUAACUUCAAUGAUAUCAUCCAUUCAAUCAUUGAUAUGGAUGCUGAUGUGAUCACCAUUGAGAACUCUCGCUCUGAUGAAAAGCUCUUGUCAGUGUUCCGCGAAGGAGUCAAGUAUGGAGCUGGAAUUGGCCCUGGAGUGUACGACAUUCACUCUCCAAGAAUACCACCAACUGAAGAAAUUGCUGAUAGGAUCAACAAGAUGCUUGCAGUGCUUGAGCGAAACAUUUUGUGGGUCAACCCUGACUGUGGUCUCAAGACUCGUAAGUACGCCGAGGUGAAUCCAGCUCUCACAAACAUGGUUGCUGCCACAAAACUCAUCCGUAACCAGCUUGCUAAGUGAAUGGUGUCACCAAAGUAGAAUUUCAGCAAUCAUCGUGAUUCUGCUGGAUGCACCCACAAAAGAACAUUUGCUUUUUUGGUUCUUGCAAUAACUGAGUGUUGAAUAUUUAGCGGCUUAGUACACUCUUCCCUGCUUUUCUGUAUUCUUGUGGCAUUGCCUCUGUGUUUAUGUUGAUACGCAGUUGCAAUAUUGUAUUUUUUUUCUUCAUACAUUAAUACAAAUUUUCCCUUUGUGUAAUGCA